CUGCCUGAAGUAAGAUGUCUCGUUUUGAAGCUAAAAAGCCCUCAGUGUGCGAAAGUGACCCGCUGAAGAGUGAGCGAGUCAGGGCCACACUUCCAGUCUUAAAAGGAAUCGUCACGUCAUGCUAUGGGCCUUCAGGCAGGCUGAAGCAUCUGCACAACAAUGUUGGAGGGCAUGUGUGCACAACAUCACAGUCAUCAGCCCUGCUCGGUCGCCUUUCAGUCACCCACCCCGUAUUAAAGAUCCUGACCACUUCCAUGCAGAAUCUAGUGUCGUGCUUCAGUGACUGUGGUUUAUUCAUGACCAUUCUUUGCUGCAACCUGAUUGAAAAUGGUCAGGCACUAGACCUGGCCCCCACCACUGUCAUUGAAUCAAACAAGCUGCUUUUGAGGCUCUGCACCACUUACCUCAAGUCUGAGGUGUGUGGUUGCCGGAUCCCAGUCGACUUCAGCAGUACCCAGAUCCUCCUGUGCUUGGUGCGCAGCAUACUCACCAGUAAACCUGCCUGUAUGCUCACCAGAAAGGAAGUAGAUCACAUCAGCGCUUUAGUUCUGAGAGCCUUCUUGCUUACCAUUCCAGAAAAGGCGGAAGACAGCAUCAUUUUAGGGAAGAGCAUAAUUGUCCCUUUAAAAGGUCAGAGGGUUCUGGACUCUACUGUAUUGCCUGGAAUGCUCAUUGAAAUGCCUGAAGUUCAGCUGCUGAGGACGUCAGCCAUCACAAGCUCCAGUGCCCUGAAGGUGGCACUCUUUUGUGUAUCUUUAUCUGGAGACGUUUCUGACACUGGAGAAGGAACUUUGGCAGUCAGUUACGGAGUGUGCCUGGAAAGGGCAGUCCUGGACCAGUUGCUUGACCUAGGAAGGCAGCUGGUUAGGGACCACGUAGGUCUUGUCAUGUGCCAGAAAGUUAUACACCCAUCUUUGAAGCAGUUUCUCAGUAGGCACCAUGUUAUUGCCAUAGACAGACUCGGAGUAGCUUUAAUGGAACCACUGAGUAAAAUGACAGGGUCACAGCCCAUUGGUUCCCUAGGUUCAGUCUCUCUCAGUAGCUACGGAAGUGUAAAAGAUUUGUGCUCAGCAACAUUUGGCUCCAAACACUUUUUUCAUCUUAUUCCUAACGAAGUGACUGUCUCCAGCUUGCUCCUUUGCAGCAGAAGUGACGCGGCCUGGGAGGAGUUGAAGCUCACGUGUCAAACAGCACUGCAUGUCUUACAGUUAACUGUCAAGGACCCAUUUGUUUUCUUGGGAGGUGGCUGUACUGAAACUCAUUUGGCUGCAUAUAUCAGACACAAGACUCUUCACGAGCCAGGAAGCGUUCUCAAGGGUGAUGGAUGUUCUCAAACAGAACUUCAGCUGACUGCUGAGGCCUUUUGCAGAGCUCUAGAGUCACUUGCUGGCUCCUUAGAACAUGAUGGCGGUGAAAUUCUCACUGACAGGAAGUAUGGACACUGUUGGUCAGCUCAGUCCCAUUCGCCCGCGGCUGUUAACUGGCCAGAUUUGCUUUCAAGGUGUGGUUGUGGAUCACUCAGUAGCCAGGAACAACUCAGCUGGUCUUGCUUAAAAAGCAGUUAUCAUCCUUCUAUGCCACCAGCCUGCCUGCCCCAGGAAGCUGCCUACUCAUCCAGCGACCUGACUUUGGACUGCUUCACUGCUAAGCUUAACGGUCUACAGGUGGCGGUGGAGACAGCUAAUUUGAUUUUGGACCUUGCAUAUGUCAUUGAAGACACAAACUGAUAAAAGAAGAACACGUAUAGAGCUAAGAUAAACCUAGCCAGGUGUCAAUUAAGAAAAAUGAUGUGUUUGUUCUCUUGUAAAGACCUGUUCUGCACAUUUGGACAGAUGAUUCAUAAAGUUAACCAUAUGUUUGUUUGAGGAAAAUGUCGAAUUCUUGAGAGAAAUGGCAUAAAGUAAUAAAGAUAAGGACCACUUUAUUGAAGAUAUUCUAUCUUGAUGUCUUCACAUAAUAUGUUGUUUCGAAUGUUUUAUUGUAGCUGCUAUUUUGACAUUUUAAGUUAAUACAGAGUUUUUAAAAAUUC